AUAGAGAUGAAUAAGGAAGAGAAGGAGAUUGACCUCGCAGUGUUGGAGUACAUGCGAAAGAGAGGAUAUGCCAACAGUGAGGCUAUAUUUAGACAGGAAUCAAACAUUGUAGCGACGGGCAGUGACUCUAGUGCCAUCGAGCUAGACAAAGGCAACAUCGCACAGUACCUACUGUUCUACAAUCAACAGGAGCAUCUCAACCCUCAAAAGUAUCUCGAGUCCUAUGUCAAGCUACGCAAUUGGAUUCAUCAAUCAUUGGACAUCUACAAGCAGGAGUUCCUCUCUAUCCUCUAUCCCAUCUUUGUUCAUUGCUAUAUCGAUUUGAUAUCUAAAGGUUAUCCUAGUCAAGCAUUUGAACUGAUGGAGAAACUAGGUCCAGAGCAUGAAGACUACUACGACGAAGACUUGAAGUUACUACGUGGAAUCAGGAACUAUGAACAUCUAAAGGAGAAUGAGUUGGCCAGUACAUUCAGAAACAACAGUUGGAACCUUAAGAUGUGUGCAUACUCAUUCGAACUGCUGAUGUCAUUCCUUCAUGAAUCAAAGUUCAUUCUCAUCAUCAGUAUCAUCAAUCAAUACUUCAACAUCAAACUAAAGAAAAAGAAGUUGACCAAAGAGGAGGUGGAGCGACAGAGCAGAUCAAAGUCAAAUGUUCCCUUGCCCAAAUUUAACGAUGCAUUCGAAGCAGAGCUUGGAAAUGACAUUGCCAAGUGUGUGUCACUGUCGGCUGCCUCUCUACCAUCGAUUUGUUGCUACACAUUCUUCAACACAUAUCAAGGCCUGAACAGUGUCGAGAUUUCAAAGGAUGCAAGCUUGGUCGUUGGUGGAUUCUCAGACUCAUCUCUCAGAUUGUGGAACCUUAAAGAAUUGGCAAGCAAGCGAGAGUCUUCAAGGACAGAGGAAGAUGAUGAGGCUUCAUCAUCCUCCUCUACAAAGAACAAGACUGCAGCACCUCUAGAAGGAGAUGAUCCAAAUAACAGAAUGAGAUCGUCAGCAUUGGACUCUGACUUUAGAACGUUCAUUGGACACAGUGGACCAGUCUAUGGUUGCUCAAUGAGUCCAGAUAAUCAGUUCAUCCUGUCUUGCUCAGAGGACAACUCUGCUCGUCUUUGGAGCAUGGAAACAAUGUCAAAUCUAGUGGCCUACAAGGGACACAACUAUCCAAUAUGGGACGUGUCAUUCAGUCCCUAUGGCUACUACUUUGCAACAGCAUCACAUGACAAGACUGCAAGACUCUGGUGCACCAACUAUAUAUCACCAAUGAGGAUCUUUGCUGGUCAUCUUUCAGACGUUAAUUGCGUCAGAUUCCACCCAAACAUCAACUAUCUUGCCACUGGCUCCAGUGACAAAUCAGCACGUCUAUGGGAGUGUAACACUGGCAAGUGUGUUCGUAUUUUCAUGGGACACCGUGCACCGAUAUACAGUGUCUCCAUUUCACCAGACGGCAAGUAUCUGGCCACUGCUGGUGAGGACACCAGCGUGGUUCUAUGGGACUUGGCCAGUGGAAAGAAGAUAAAGAAGAUGGACGGACACACCAAGACAGUAUACUCGCUCGACUUUAGCAUGGACAGCACGAUUCUGGCAUCAGCAUCGGCCGACUGCACAGUGAGGCUUUGGGAUGUCAACAAGGCUUGCUCUCAGACAUCACUGAACAACGAUGACUCGACCACCACCAAGACCCCAAGCAAGAAGUCUAGACUAAAACAGAGAAGAUCACCAGAGUUGAUGGAGACCUAUCCAACCAAACAGACACCAGUAUUCAAUGUUAACCUUUUCCAGACGCAAUCUACUCCUGGCCUCUGGUCCUUUCACAACGAACAUC